UAACUAUUGAAUCUCUCUGUAUCUCUCUGUUCAUGAUCAAACUCCCCAAAAAUAUGAACAAAGUCUCUAACAUCCUCACUUUCUUUUGCCUCCUAUCUCUCCUAUCUCACAUAACAUUCUCAAGUAUAAGCGUGGUGGAGGGUAGAAAUACGUUGCAAGACGAUGAGGCCAUCUCGCAUGUGAAACCUUCUCUGCAUGUUGUGCAGCCGCAAAAAGCUCCAUGCGCUGACUGCACUUGGCCAUGUGAUCCUCUUGUUGUUGAGGGAGGAGGAUGUAUAUGCCGCUGCUAAUCUUUUUAUUCAGUUGAAUAUAUUCGUCAUAAUGUAAUUGGAC